AUGUUCCAAGGAGAAGACGCUGCUCAUCUCCUGUGCUGUGUCGCCGUGGAGCACUUGGACGCAUCAGGCCAGGCCACCAAGCGCCAGGUCAUCCGAAAGGCCGCCGUGACCCUGGGUCGCAAUGAGUUUCAGGAGAUCGUUCUGCGUGUCCACAACGGCAAAGCGCCUCAAAGUUUCACGUUUCGCGAAAUGCAGCUCUUCACUCGUUUUGCCCGAGACGGCAAGAGCACCAUCAAACUGCUCCCCGGCAACAUCCAGGUGCUCAUUUCUGACUGCCCCCCAGACCGCUUGCAUGUGUUUCUAAAAACCCUGAGCAUCAAGUACCAGGCGUGGAAGGCCAAGAAGCCAAUGGGAGAUCGUGCUAAGAUGCUCGCCGGUCUGCCACGCACCUUUGAGACCAUCAGUCCCCUGCAGAAGAAAGACGUCCAGCAGGCCAACGAGCUGCGCGGUAAGGUGAACGCACCGCCUCCCGCCAAAGGUUUGGCGGAGAGAACCAGCAAUAAGACCACGGGGCAGCGGGUGAAGCGACGACAACCAGAUUCGAGCGAGUGCAGCCCGGUUAAAGCGCUGCACCCAGCUAAGAAGCCCAGCUUUUCCUUGCCUCUGGGUAGGAAGCUGUCCAAGGAACAGGCCCAGAUCCUGGAUGCUGUUUUAAGUGGGAAGAACAUCUUCUUCACUGGCAGUGCUGGUACUGGGAAGUCCUACAUGCUGAAAAGGAUAGUGGGAUCUCUGCCUCCAAAGAGCACCUAUGCCACUGCGAGUACUGGUGUGGCAGCUUGUCAUAUUGGGGGCACCACUCUGCAUAACUUUGCAGGGAUCGGGUCGGGUUCGGCCCCAUUGGAGCAGUGUCUGGAACUGGCCCGGCGGCCGGGGGUCCUCCAGCACUGGACCAGCUGUCGGCACCUCGUCAUUGAUGAGAUCUCCAUGGUGGAGGCGCAGUUCUUUGACAAGCUGGAGGCCAUCGCCAGGUCCAUCCGGAGGUCCUCUGAGCCUUUUGGGGGCAUGCAGCUCAUAGUGUGUGGGGACUUUCUUCAGCUCCCCCCAGUCACCAGGGGCAAGGGCAAGCCCAGCUUCUGCUUUCAGGCCAGGAGCUGGAGGAAAUGCAUCCAGCUGAACAUGGAGCUGACGGAGGUGCGCAGGCAGACGGACAAGAGCUUCAUCUCCCUGCUGCAGGAGAUCCGUCUCGGCAGGGUAACGGAGGAAGUCACUUCAGAGCUGAUGAAGACUGCCUAUAACUGCAUAGAAAGAGACGGUAUCCUAGCAACGAGGCUUUGCACACACAAAGACGAUGUGGAGCUGACCAAUGAGAACAAACUCCAGCAGCUGCCAGGGGUGAUUCACACCUUUGAGGCCGUAGACAGCGACCCUCAGCUGGUCAAGACCAUCGAUGCCCAGAGUCCCGUAGCGCAGGUGCUGCAGCUCAAAGUGGGCGCCCAGGUGAUGCUGACAAAGAACCUGGAUGUCCAGAGGGGUCUGGUCAAUGGGGCCAGGGGAGUUGUGGUCUCCUUCGAGCCAGGAAAUAAAGGCCUCCCGUGCGUGCGCUUCCUGUGCGGGGUGACGGCGGUAAUGAAGCCUGAACGCUGGGUGUUCAAGGCUAACGGGGGCCUUUACCUGAGCCGCCAGCAGCUGCCGCUCAAGCUGGCCUGGGCCAUCUCCAUCCACAAGAGCCAGGGCAUGACGCUGGACUGCGUGGAGAUCUCUCUGGCACGUGUGUUCGAAUGCGGCCAGGCCUAUGUGGCGCUCUCCAGAGCCAUGAGCCCGGAGGGGCUGCGCGUGAUGGACUUCGACCCCCACGUGGUGCGGGCCGAUCCGGACGUGCUGCUCUUUUACAAGCGGCUACGUAAGGAGAGGCUCCUGCGGCAGGGCUCCAUGGACGAGUUUGUGAGCAGAGAAGAGCAGGAGAACGAGCGUCUGUGAGAUCGGCUCCUCCUCCGCGUUCCUUCGGCACCAUUUGCACAGUCCGGCUCAGUGGGUCCCUCGCCUUCGCCGUGGACCACAUGCACUCUUAUUUAUUUAAUUUUUUUUCCAACAGCUCGUUUUAUAGACUUUGUGGUCUUCUGUGAUUCAAAAACAUCCCAUUAUCCCGGGAUUAAUAUUUAACCAGUC